AUGGUUGUUUAGUGUUUGCUUCUUGUAUAAUGUUGGGUGAUUGAUUCGAUAAUACUAAAAUAACAUAUUUGUGUUUUCAUCUGAGGACUGUCAGGUUAAGUGAGGUUUAGAGUAUUUAAAUCUUUUAUUUCACUGCUGAUUUUUUUCACUGUGUAGACCACGAUUCGAAAUUACUUGGCUAAGAUUAUUUCCUUUAUCUUCAAAUGAUGUAUUGCCAUUUCAGCUUCGUACAUUAUUUCUGGAUUUGUUUUUCUCUUUCUGUAGUUAGUAUGGCUGUCAUAGGAUGUCGUCAUUGUUUGCCGUUGGCGUAUCGCACGUGUUGGCACUGGCAGUGAUCGUCGCCAGGGUAAACACUGCUGUUGAGAGGGGGGGAUUUGGCGUGUGUGGCUGUACACAUAUAUCGUGUAGGUGUUGCAUCAGGGAUGGUGCUAUGAAUUACUUUUCGGUGAAGGUGGAGUGCUCCAGAAAGCGUGGACAAGAUGAGGUCUUGUCAAGUUAGCUGAGUAGCAACAAGAUGGAAGACUCCAUGCUAGAAGUGGUGGAGGGUGAGGUGGAGAUCAUGAGAAGUGCAUAUUGUGAAGAAUUUACUGAUCUACGAGAACAAGAUGUAUGGAAAGUGGCCAGACCCCCAGAGGUGCGCAUCAGUUUGGGCCCACAUCACUCACAAGGGGGCACACUCCAUGCUCAUGUUAAGGUGGUCUUGAGGAUAAUCACCAGUGAAGGAUAUCCUAACAAAGCUGCAGCGGUCCAUAUUGAGUCAUUUAGUGGCCUUUCUGAUAAGGAGGGAGAAGAAUUAUACAAUCAGCUUCAAAAGAGGGCCUAUGAAUUUGCACAAAGUGGAAUGGUUGUUAUGUUGGAGCUUUGUCAACAUACUCAGAAUUACUUGAGCGAACAUGCAAGGCCUUAUACUGACAGCAUUUAUGAUGAGAUGGUGGCAGAACAGGAGUCUCGAAGGAGGGCUGAUCAGAAAGCUGAGGAGGAAAUUCAGAGGCAAAGAGAAUUACAAGAAGAGGCACAUCGUAGCACAAUGCAAGAGGAGGUUGCAAGGAAAAAGGAGGAAUUGAAAGAAGAAGAAAGGCAGAGGCGAGAGCGUAAAUUUCAACCUUCGUUUAUUGUUGAUAAAGGGAGUGACCGGCCUCACACUGGUGACUUCAGUGAACCUCCAUCAAGUAGGCGCAGAACAUUGUACUUCGAUGACAUCAUCAGGCAAGGAAUGAAGUGUCGUUCAGUGUCAGAAUGUAGUAGUGAAAGUGGCUCAGGAGAACAAGUGAUCCACUUUAAUGUCACAGGGAAACAGGAGCGUGUAGUGGUCCUUAUAGGCUGCCUAGGAACCCGUGUCACCCAGAGCUGCUGCAUCCUGGAGGCACAAGAGAAAGGCUCCCUAGAAAAAUGUGUUGUAUAUGAGUGGAAUUUCAAAGGAAAAAGAAGUGGAAGGAAAGGAAGUCGUGUUAAAUUUGCUCAGGAAAAUCAAUUUGAGGAGUUAUUAACAAAAUUAAGUGUUGUAGAAAAAGAAAUGACUUCCCUACUACGACUGUCACAUACCAACCUGAUCCAUUACUUGGGAAUCAGAGUUAAUAAUCGUCAUAAUGAAGGGAUACAGUUGUGCCUAUUACAGGAAUAUGUGCAUGGUCUUCCAGUUAAGUACUAUAUUGACUGCAAAAUACCCCUAAACAAUAUGCCCCUCAUUAGGCAUAUCACAGAAGGAACCUUACAGGCUUUGAAUUAUAUGCACCAAAAUAAUGUUGUACAUAGAGACCUCAGAGAUUCCUGCAUAUUUUUGGAUAUGAGGUGCCAGCAGGUCCGAGUAGCUGAUUAUGGAAUAGAGAAAAGAAUAACUGAAGUGGUGUCAGAGUUUUAUGAAGCAGAUGUGCCAUCAGCCUACCCACUCUCCCUGGGGCGUGGAGGAAAGAAGGGAGAUGUGUACCGGCUGGGUUUUAUUAUACUCUCUCUUCUGCUUGGAGAGAGGGUCAAACAGAUUGUGCCAAACAUACCACCCUCUGUGAAUGGUGAACUUAGAGACUUUCUUCAGCGAUGCCUUGAAGUUAAUGAGCAGGAAAGGUGGACUACAAAAAGCCUUCUUAAUCAUACCUUCAUUAGCAAUAUUGCAGAAGGCAAUGUGACUGAUAACAAGAAUGAUGUAAAUAAACUUUCUCCAGUCAUAACUGAAUCUCAAAAUAAAAAUGAAAAGGGGUCCUCAGAAGCAGGAAUUGAAUCCUCUUCUGAUGUCUUGCUGCAUCUUCCCUCCAACCUGCGAGGGCACUCCAGGCUAGACCAAGAGUAUGUCAUCCUGGAAUUACUGGGACAAGGAGGAUUUGGCCAUGUUUUUAAGGUUCAUAAUAAGGUUGAUGACAGAAUCUAUGCAUUGAAAAGAAUUCGUCUGGAUCAGCAAAGUGAAGUGGUGCGGAGAAAAAUCAUCCGUGAAGUUAAACUCUUGUCGUCACUCAAUCAUGAGAAUGUUGUUCGAUACUACACUUCUUGGAUUGAUGAAUUUGAGCAGGAGAUGAAAGAAGUUCAAGACGAUAUAACAGAUUCAUCCACAUCAGUUGAUAUCAAUGUUACAACACCAUCAUCCAUCCAGUCCAACUUUGAUUUUUCCAAGGAUUCAGGGAGCACUCCUCCAGCAAUAGCAGAAAAGUCAGACUGCAGCAGCAUUGUAUUUUGUGAUCAUCAGCCUGAAAAUUCUUCUACUGACUUUGAUGAAGAGAGUGAUGAAGAUGAAGAUGACUGGCUGAUGGAAAGUUUGAGGCCAACAUUUGAGGAGGCUGGAGACUCUAGUCACAUAGAAUUCCAGUCAUCCAAGGAGGAGCAGGCCCAGUCAGGACCAAAGCAUGACUCUGUGGAUGGCAGUCUGUCAACUCCAGCUCUAGCAAGAGUGAAGAAGCUGAAGUUUCUCUACAUUCAGAUGCAGCUUUGUGAAAAGAGCACGUUGAGACAAGCUAUCGACAAUGGUCUGUACCUUGAUAUUGAUCGCAUGUGGAGGCUCUUCAGGGAGAUGGUGAAUGGCCUUGACUACAUACAUUCUCAAGGCCUGAUUCAUCGGGAUCUGAAGCCUGGCAAUGUUUUCCUUGAUUCCACUGAUCAUGUAAAGAUUGGAGAUUUUGGACUUGCAACUGCAGCAAUUAAAGCAAAAACAACUGUUGGUAUGAUAUCUAAAUCUGAUGUAGAAGAAAGCAAAGAUACUUUUUUAACUGGCCAAGUGGGUACUACUUUAUACAUUGCACCGGAAAUCACUAAAGUAACUGGGAAAGUAACUUACACUAACAAGGUUGAUAUAUACAGCCUUGGCAUAAUUUUCUUUGAAAUGGUAUAUCCUCCUCUAACAACAGGUAUGGAGAGAGUCAAAGUUCUCUCAGACCUAAGAUCACCAGACAUCAUUCUGCCUGAAGACUUCCCUAAGAGGAAAUCCUCAUCACAAAGUGACUUGAUACAUUUACUGCUCCAACAAGAUCCUCAGGCAAGACCUUCUACAACAGAAAUUUUGAAGUCACCACUUUUGCCUCCUCCAACUGCUGAAGAACAGAAGUUUGUAGCAACUUUGGAAGCCAGAUUACAAAAUGUUAGAUCUUCUGACUACCAGAAAAUUCUUAAUCUUGUAUUUAAACCCUCAGCUCAGCCAGAAUUAGAAGCAACAUAUGAAGUAAGACAUGAAUGUUCUUCAGAUCACUGGCACUACUGGAAGGGUGACUACUUACAAUCACUGAUAGCUGCAAUAUUUAAGGCUCAUGGAGCAGUAUGGGUUCCAAACUCUUUUUAUAUUCCCAAAGGAUCAUUUUAUACAGACAAAGAUAAUCUACUUACACUCAUGACAAACAAAGGGGAGUUGAUAUCAGCCCAGUAUGAGUUAAGGUAUCCUUUUGCUCGCUUUGUUGCAAGAAAUGAAAUAAUGUCUCUCAGGAGAUAUUGUAUUGACCGAGUGCAGCGAGCAUUCAAGGUAUCAGGAAUCCAUCCAAGAGAAUCCUUUGAAUGUUCUUUUGAUGUUGUUUCUUCAAAGAGGGAACUACCAGAGUCUUCAGCAAGGGUACUUCUUGUUGCUCAAGAUGUCAUACAAGAAGUUUUACAGAGGAGAAGUCAUGAAGUAUAUAUUCGUCUUGGCCACAUGGACUUAGUUCGUAUCAUACUAACUUACUGUGGAAUAAAUGAACAGUUACAUCCUCAAGUUUUAUCACUUCUAAAGGAAUGGAACACAGCCAGAAUGAUGCUGGACACUCUCAUAGAGUACAUGUGUGCUCUUGGUGUGUCCAAGUCCUCAACUGAAACACUGAAGGGAUUUCUCUACAUGGAUGGUCCCUUGGAAGAUGUUGUGACCAACCUUCAGAACAAAGGUCUCAGCUCACGCCGCAGGACCAUGGCAGGAACUCUCAGGAGCGUUUUGGCUCAUCUCAUGGAAAUCAGAGAAACAUCUGUAAUUAUGGGAGUCAAGUUUGAGAUCCGCCUUCGUCCACUCAUGGUGGCAGAUGCCAGUCUGUAUUGUGGAGUAAUGUGGCAGUUUUUGAUGGAUGUCAACAGGAAAAGGAAAGUAACCCAAGAUCUCCUUGCUCAGGGAGGUUCAUAUGAACAUUUGAUCCACCAGCACAGGAGCAAAUUAGUGUUUGCAAAGAAGACUGGAGAACUGCCAGCUGCUGUAGGAGUGAGCUUGUUCCUGGAGAAGUUUGUGGGCUGUGUGGAGGAUGUGAAGGACUUGGUGGCUGCUGGACGUGUAGAAGUUUCCCAGAUAGUGGCUGGUCUAGGUUGUGGGUCUUGUGUGCUGGCUGUUUUGGUGUGUGCCAUAGGACAGAAGCAGUUAAAAGACCGCAUCAAUCUGUUCAAUAAAUUUAGAGCAGCUAAAAUUAAUGUAGACCACUGUCAUUGUGUGACACAAAAAGAAGCAGAGUCAGUGAUGGAAGAUUUAUGUGUGCCUAAUGUUGUGAUGCUGACCAGCUCAGAUAAGGCUGAUGUUAGGAUCUGCAAUGACCCCACAAGUCGCACUUUGGAGAGGAAGAUACCUAUUGAGAAAGUUGUUGAAUUUGUACUUAAAUAUUUGGGAGGAAAUGAAGUAACACUUCCCAGUAAUUAUUCCAGAACUGAUUCCAAGUCUUCAGGUGUCAGUAAUACAGAAGAGUAUCCACCUCUAGUCAUACAUUACAUCACUAAGAAGCAAUGCAAAGUUAAGGAUGCACCAAAACUAGAUUCACAGAUUUCUCGUGAUGUGACAGCUGCACUGAGUCGGUGGCAGAGUGUGAGUACCAACACAAGUGUGGAGGUGUGGGCAGUAGAAUUGGACAAGAAGACUUUGCUGGCCCUUGGAGCACUAGACACAGACUCCAGUGUGAAGAGUUUCAUUGAAAGUGUUACAGACAUCAAAAACAUGUUUCCAGAACAAAAGGAUUACUUGGAGGAGAUCUGCAAGCUAAUUCAGCGAAGAAUCUUCAGUAAAAAGAAGGUAGAAAAAUGUGUUCCACUCAUUCUUUAUGGGAUUUCAUCUAAUACGUGCAAGAGAAUAAUUUAAGGAAUAAUAAUGUAAGUAAUGUGUUAACAUCGCAAAUAACUGUGAUUGAAGAUAGCUAAAUUUAUAUAUUUUGUACUCCAAAGUAAGUUAAGUAUGUUUUUUUUUUUUUAGACAGAUGGCUGGAGUAUUCAACAGACAAAUUGCAUGUAUAAAAAGUUCAUGUGUCAUAAUUACAUUAGUUACUAAUUAGCAGGGGACAGACUGACUUACAUUACCAUAAAACAUGACUUUUAAAAUAAUGAUGUGAUGAUCUAAUGAUGCUUCUGUCAUACUUGUAACUCUGGUAUUUAUGAAGAGAGUUAGAUGUAAGACAAUUUUCCUAAAUAAAUUAUAUAUAUAUAUAUAUAUAUAUAUAUAUAUAUAUAUAUAUAUAUAUAUAUAUAUAUAUAUAUAUAUAUAUAUAUAUAUAUAUAUAUAUAUAUAUAUAUAUAUAUAUAUAUAUAUCAACUAACUGGAGGUGAUAAAAUUAACUUCAAUGAAGAGAUGCCCAAUAAAUGUAGAUUCUGUAAUGGUACAAUAUAAAAGUACUUCUUAAAAAAUGCAAGUCAGAAUACUCCCUUACUUUGUUAUGAAAUCCUCUCCUCAAGUUGAAAAACAAUUUUAGACUAUUCCAUUAAAGGUGAUGUAGUAAAGAAAAUAGUAAAGAGAUCUACUGCCUUCUGAUUGUACUCUGGAAGUGUUGUGCUCUGUGUUGAGUGCCCCUUUGUAUGCAAUGCAUGAUCCUCAUUGUUCAUAACUUUUGACAGUACUCUUCUAGGAAUAGGACCUUGCCAUUGAUGCAAGGCACUUUACAUUACAGUGAUGGAUUAAGUUUCUAUUUAGAAGUAGAAUAUGGGAGGGGAAGAAGUGAUAUAAUAUUAAAUACUGAACUUUGCUGGUACUGAUUUUGCCAGUGUUCUGCAUAUGAAAUUUCCCAUUUCAACUUACUGGAGAAUAUGUGAGAACAUUUAUUAGAUACUUGUUCAUCUAUAAUGAGGUUAUAUCUGUAUACUUCCACUUGUAAACUAUGUGUGAGAGAGCAGGCUAGAAAUAGAACAUGGCUCUGUUUCUCUGGCAAUAUGCUUGGAAGAAAAAAAAGAACACCAUGUACAGUUGGCCCCACAAAAGAUGACAAAACUCUGAGUUGGUGUCAGUGCCCAACCACAAUUCAACUGGUUUGAUCUCAUUGCAUGGGAGAAUGGAACACCAAUAUUAUCUGACCUGGCAGUUCAAGACAGACAGUGGCCUUGGGUACACUCACACAAUAACAGUUUUAGUAUAGAUUUGAUACUUGAAUGAUAAUGAGAUGUCUUUCUUGUGUGCUUUCUUGAGUUGACUUAUGCAAGUUACUUUUACAUAUCUUUCCAUAUCACCCACCAAUAGCUACUAAACUGCCUAUUACUGUGCUGAUGAGUAAAAACAUCUAAGAAACAAGUAAAAUUACUGGAGUCAGAGAGUGAACUAUGUACUGAUGGGUCAAGAGUUUCAGAGAGAGAUGGCCACAUCAUCUAUUACAUAUAAAGCAAGGCCUGGGUUAGGAAAGAAAGUUGCUUAGCAAACUUCAAACAUUAUGAAAAGAUAAUUAGAGUGUAAUCCUUGCCUAACAGGAAGGGAACUGAAAGAAAAGAACCCUUGUGUUCUUGGUAGUGAUCUCUGAAAUUUUUAUGAUGUAAUGAUCUCAUUGACAUCUCUGAACCUCUUGACCCACCAGUACAUAUUUCUUUUUUUAAACUUCAGUAAUACUGAUUGUUUCUUAGAUGUUUUUAUUUAUUGGCACAUGACAACAACAUAUGUUAUUUCGUCACCAGUAAUAGGUAGUUUAGUUGCCAUUAGUGGGUGAUAUGGAAAGAUAUGUAAAGGUGCAAUUCCACCAAGGCAACACAGGCAACAUGUGGCAUGUGACUUGACUAGCUUUCAACAAGUAUGUUGAAUGUGGCUUUCAACCAGGAUACAUGUUGCCUGCAAAAAGACAACAUUGUUAUUGCUUGUAGCAUGCUACAUUCUGUGUUGAAUAUUGAGUGCCACAAAACUUUUUCCACCAAUUCACGAAAAACUAAGCCAGUUGUCAACAUGAUAUCUCAGCAGAUGGUCACUGAUGAUAGAAGAGAGAGCAUUUUUUGGGCAGUAACAUUGAUUUGAAUUAUUUUAUUGAAAAAAUACUGUCUAAUGACUAAUCACCCUUCAAGAAUAUUUCAAGGAUAAGUGUGGAAGGUUUCAUUUAUCCUCUCGGCAAAGUGAAUCCCAGGAUUAGGAAGAGUGACACAAAUUAUCGGGAUUUCUUUUGGGUUAGGCUUUUGUACUCCCAGUGAAAAGCAAUAUGCAAAUUCUUGAUCUUCUUUACCAUUGCCAUGUCACAGUUAAAUUUCUCAGUUAAUCCUUGCAGUCCAUUUAGUUUUAGCAUGGUUAUUCUUGUCAUGUCAAGUGUAUAUCCCAUAGAACCACAAGUUUCCUAUAUUCUUCUAUAAAUUCUAUGCUUUUUCUUGAAAACCAGUUCAUCUUGUUGCCUUUAAGAUCAAAUCCUUCCUGCAACUGGUGGGAAGGUGUUCAACACUAGGCAAGAGGUUAAAUUUUGUCACAUGCAUCAGGUUAUAUGGUAACAUGUUGCCACCUGUCGCAUGCAACAUGGUCACAUGCUACAUGUUGCUUUCUGUUGAACUAGAUGAAGCACACUUGGGUUAUGCAACAAUGUAGCUUGCUACAUGUUGCUAAAAUGUUGCCUUGGUGGAAUCCUGCCUUAACAGUAACUUGUGGAAGGCAACUUGGGAAAGCACAGAGGAAAAACAUAUCACUCAGCUAUCAAAUCUAUAUUAAAACCGUUAAUAUGUGAGUGUACCCAAGGCUGCUGUCUGUCUUAAGUUGCCAGGUCAGAUAAUAUCGGUGCUCCAACCUGUCAUGCAAUGGAAUCAUACUAAUUGAAUGGUGCACAGAUGCUGACACCAACUCAGAAUUUUGUCAUCUUUUCUUGGUGCUAAUUGUACCUUGCAGAAAGCAUGCAAAAUGUCAUGGAGGAUGCCCCAGAAACAUUUAGGAUAGAGAAGGGGUCUUUUCAGUGUUUUACAUAGAGGGAAUAGUUGUCUAGAAGCCUGCAUUUAACUACCACAUGAAAGAUUACAAACCACAAAGUUCCAUAAAGUUUCUGGUGCCUAGUUGAGAAACAUCAGAAAAUAAAAAAUUAAUUAUCUUGUAGUAUCCAAUGAGGACAUAUGGUGAGACUCAUAUGGUGAGACUCAUCUUUCAGAUUAUACAGAGAAAUGUAAGGAAGUCACCAGCACGUGAAUGGAAGGAAUGGAAUGUCUAAAUGUGAUCAUCAGUGAAUAACUGAGAUCUCAUGGAAUUCUGUGGUAAAGGGGAACCCUGUUAAACCAUAUUGUUGGUAGGUUCAGAAAAGCCUGCAGUCCUAAAAUGGUCAUACAGAAAAUUUGACAGAGAUAAAUAAGGAAGCAUAGAGUCUACAAGUGGGCAGCUGAAAAGUUAUAAUAUUUAUACCUGAUUGCUUUGAAAGCUCUCCCAUUGCCUGAGUGAAUAGCAAAGAGUAUAUUAAAACCCCUGAGUUGAAAUUACACUUUCAGCUUAUAAGUCAAGAGUGCCAGUUGGUCAGCCUUUACAAAGUCCACACUGGUGCCUUGACAAGAUGUAGUAUAUGCAUAUAUUUUACAGGUAUAGCAUAAAAAGAUGUUUGUACUUGUUGGGUAUGGUUUUAGUGACUAAAAUAUCAGUUUCAUUUCAUUAGAAUUCACUUAUGUUAGUGACAGUUUUUAUUUUCAGUAUUAUGUGAUAUUAAUAUAAAAUUUAUUAAUAAUUUAAGACUUAUUUUUAAGAUUUUUAGGUGAUGUCCUGUAGUAUUAAGACUUUUUCACUUACAAAGAAAUUUGGGCAUUGAAUUAUAAUAAUCAUAAGCAUCUCUUUUCAUCUAAGUUUGCCUUAAAACUAAAAACAAUAAUCACUUGCAUAUAUUUUUUCUCAUGUUUGUCGCAAAACAUUAAGUGAAUUAAUUUCAAGUAAUUGAAAUACCUCCAGUAGAGUUGAAUACUUGUGUUGCCAGAAUGAUCAGUUACUGUGCUGUCUGGGGAAUUUUUAUUCUGUAGGACACCAAGUGACAGAAGAUAUAUUCUUUCGUAACUUGCAUUUGAUAAAGUUUACAAGAAAAGUCUUAAAUAUAAAAAAAGUCAAGUUUGUGAGCCUUGAGAUUAAAAUGUCACUUACAGUCAGUUUAUUCUUUUCAAUGGUUUGCACUUGGCUCCUGUUAUUAGAAAUAUCAGAAAAUGUGUAAAGAAUUUUCUUCAAGACUUAAUGAAAAUUUGUAAUUUGAAUUUCUGCAAAGAUGUUAUCAUUGAGCUGUCUAAUAGGCAUGCUGCAGUCAGGAUUACAAAUGAGGAACAUAAAAAAAGAGACUCAGAUACAUCAAUGAUGUAUUGUAAAAUGACCUGACCUGGUUUGGUUAUGUGGAGAGGAUGUAGAAAAAAUAACUGGGUAUAAAGGCUAAGAAGUAUGAAUAUUGAUGGUAGAGCUGUAUAGGUCAGGUUAAAAGGAACAUGGAACAGUAGAUUUUUUUUUUUUGUUGAGGCAGAGAGGCUGCCAAAGACUGUGUUGCAAUUAGAACUGCUAGUAUAAGUAAAUAAGACCACCACAUGCAAAGUAUUUAUAGAGCCUUGAGAGAGAGAGAGAGAGAGAGAGAGAGAGAGAGAGAGAGAGAGAGAGAGAGAGAGAGAGAGAGAGAGAGAGAGAGAGAGAGAGAGA